AUGCUCAACAUGUCGAGACCAGGCUCAAGCCUCAACAUUGCCCAGCAGUUGAGGAAGUCCACCCAGAUAGGUUUAGUCGAAGAUGCCCUUCGAAAUCUUGACAAGAAGCAGCCUGGCAACAGCUAUACCGCGAAGGUCAAAAUCGGACACAAGUACAACAUCAUUGGCUUCAUCAGCAGCGGAACUUACGGUCGUGUCUACAAGGCUGUAGAGAAGAAUCCCAAAGGCGACCCUUCAAGCCCUGUCGGUGCAACUCCUCCAAAGGAAUUAUAUGCCAUCAAAAAAUUUAAACCUGAAAAAGAAGGCGACAAUGUACAAUAUACGGGCCUGUCACAAUCAGCCAUCAGAGAGAUGUCAUUAUGCACCGAGUUGUCUCAUCCUAAUGUGAUUCAUCUUGCAGAAAUCAUUCUGGAGGAUAAAUGUGUCUUCAUGGUUUUCGAAUAUUGUGAGCACGACUUGUUGCAAAUCAUUCACCAUCAUACGCAACCAACUCGAAGACCGAUUCCAGCAACCAUGAUCAAGUCCAUUCUCUUCCAAUUGCUGAAUGGUCUCUUCUAUCUUCAUCAGAAUUGGGUCAUUCACCGGGAUCUAAAACCAGCCAAUAUUAUGGUCACUUCAUCCGGCCAUGUACGAAUUGGUGAUCUUGGUCUUGCCCGGCUGUUUCACAAACCCCUAUCGUCGCUGUACUCCGGGGAUAAAGUCGUGGUUACUAUCUGGUAUCGUAGCCCCGACCUACUUCUGGGAGCUCGCCAUUAUACUCCUGCCAUUGAUCUCUGGGCAGUGGGUUGCAUCUUCGCGGAAUUAUUAAGUCUGCGACCUAUAUUCAAGGGCGAAGAAACAAAAAUGGACAGCAAGAAGACUGUUCCCUUCCAACGCAAUCAAAUGGGAAAGAUCGUAGAGAUUCUCGGUAUGCCAAGAAGAGAGAACUGGAAGGGUUUGGUUGAUAUGCCGGAAUAUUCUCAACUUCAGACUCUUAUCCUUUCACGAGGUGGUGUAUCUGGUGGAUUAUACCCGAACCCUCCAACCUCCAUGGGCAGGAGCACGAAUGGAAACAAUGGCACUGGUUUGGAAACGUGGUACAAUAACUGCCUGAGACAUGCAACAUAUCCCUCAGACAAAUCGCCAGGACAACGAGGAUUCCAAUUAUUAUCCGAAUUGUUUGAAUACGAUCCCGAACAGCGCUUGACAGCCGAGAAAGCCUUGCAGCAUGAAUACUUCAAAUGUACAGAUGAAGGGUCGAACAAAGGGAAAAUCUGGGUGAGCAACAACUGCUUUGAGGGACUGGACGAAGUCUACCCACACAGGAGGGUUAGCACGGAAACGAAUGAUAUCGGCACGGGGAGUUUGCCUGGUACGAAGAGAGGAGGGCUGCCAGAUGAUUCACUUAUACCGGCGGCGAAAAGGCGUUAG